AUGAACUUGCUCUGCCCUCAUGCGCCACGGUCCGUAGCGCGGAAUGUCCUGAGGGGGUCCUUGCGGUGUAGUGCCUCAAGGAUAGGUCCCUCAGCGACGGUAUCACAACGGCCCCAAUGCGUUGCGGCCCAGGUCCGGUCCAUAUCCUUCGUCGAAAGUCCCAGACGCAGCCAAUUGAGGCCUCGAGGCUCGCCUCUCGUCCUCGGCCAGGUCUCGUACGGCAGCCGGCGCACGUUCUUCACCGAGAAGAUCGUCCGAAGAUACGAGGAGCUCCCCCGCAACUACCGAGACAAGAGCGGUCUCCCCUUCCGCGGGCACGAUCUGACGGAGGCGGAGGUGGAGAAAAUAUUCGGUCCCGACAUUGGCGCGUCGACUGCCAACCACCUCCUUCGGAUUCUGCACGGGCGACGGGUGGCGGGGACGCUGGACGAUCCGGCCUUCUCGAUCCACACGGCUCAGUUUUCGCAGGUGGAUAUAGAGAAUGGGCUGGCAUACCUGCGCAAGUCGGUACCUGUUGAUGAGGUGGUGAAUGCCGGCCUGCGGGCCGAGGACGAGCUGAACGAGUUGGCCCUGGAGGAGGAACAGAAGGAAAAGAAGGAAAAGAAGAAGGCGGGCAAAGCUGCCCAAACUACGGACGAGGGGGAAGUGGAAGAGGAAGAGGCCGUUUAUAAACCGGACCCCCUUUACGGGAGGAGUGUACUUGAGGAGAUACGGGCGAGGAACAUCGCCAAGGAGAAGGCUCGACAAAAGGCCCUCGAGGAAGAGCAGAGGCAGAAGGAGCUGGCUGGGCAGUUGACAGAGGAACCGCAGCAGCGGUCGCUGGUCGAGGUCGCGGAGGGUGAGCGGCCCAUCACCAACCCCGGGAUCGCGGAGUACUACAAGGCCGCCCAGUCGGAGAUGAAGGAGCCGCCCAAGAUGAGCCUCUGGGAGCGGGUUGCGCCCUCGCUCGUCACUGUGACUCUGGUGGUUGGGUUCUGCGCAUCCCUGUGCAUGGUGUACGAGGAGCCGGAGGACCGCUACAGACUCAUUCGCGAGAUUCCAAUUGCGAGCGCUACGCUGGGUACGAUGGUUGGGCUGAAUCUCCUCGUGUACCUUGCGUGGAGGGUCCCACCCGCCUGGAAGUUCCUGAACAAGUACAUGGUUCUGGUGAUUGGGCUCCCGAAGCCGAUCACGCUCUUCACGGCGUCUUACUCGCACCAGAGGACAAGCCACCUGCUGAUGAAUAUUGUACCGCUCUGGCUGGUGGGCACGUACAUGCAUGAGGAGCUUGGCCGGGCCACGUUCCUGACUCUCUACCUCGCCUGCGGCUCAUUUGGAUUCUUGGGCAGUCUGAUUGCAUACGGAGCUAGGGGGAUGCUGGGCACCACUACGCUGGGAGCAUCGGGGGCGACGUUUGGGUUGAUUGUCGCCUGGUUCUGGGAGCACCGCAUGGAGCGCUUCAAGAUCAUGGGGAUGCCGGAGAGCGGCGUGCACGGUAUUGUGUACUGGGCCCUCAUCGUCGCCCUCCACCUCACACGGCCGAGCAGGAUCUUCUCGGGCAGGGAUGGGAUCGAUCUGGUGUCACAUCUGGUCGGAAUGGCUGUGGGCAUGAUUGGUAUUGAGUUGAUUAACCGGGCCGGCAUGGGGAGACACAACGCUGUGAGUGGGGGCCAAGAAGAGGAGCAGGCGAAGGACGGCGAGAGCAAAGAUCUCGUGAAGGAUAUCGUUCCUGUUAGCACGGCGUAG